AUGGCUAAUAUUCAAAAUUUCAACUUCCCCUACUUCCCUCCAUUCCCACCUCAUAACUAUCCAUUUCCUCCACCAAGUGUGUCACCACCCCACCAACCUAAUACACCCCCUUCCCCUCCAAAAGUGGCCCCACCACGUCCACCCGUUACACCAUCACCACCAAAGGUAGCACCACCACGUCCACCAGUUACACCAUCACCACCACAUCCACCCUUUACACCAUCACCUCCAAAAGUGGCCCCACCACGUCCACCGGUUACACCAUCACCACCAAAAGUAGCACCCCCACAUCCACCUGUUACACCGUCACCACCACGUCCACCACUUACACCACCUGCACCUCCACGUCCGCCGGUUACACCACCAGCACCGUUGCGUCCUCCAGUUACACCAUCGCCACCAUAUCACUAUCCUAGUCCACCACCUCCAUCACCAAUCAAGCCACCACCUCGUCCCUUCUAUCCUCCACCACCUCCAUCACCAAUCAAGCCACCACCUCGUCCCUUCUAUCCUCCACCACCACCACACAUUGUUCCAACUCCGCCCCCAUCUCCACCAGGACAUCAUUCUCAUACCAUCAUCAUUAUAUUCGUCUCGCUUGGUGGUCUGUUCUUUCUGGCGUUUCUCUCAGUUGCUCUCUGCUGCUUCCUUAAGAAGAGAAAGAAGAAAACUUCUCAGGAAACUGAUAUCCUGAAAGUGGAUGAACACAUGAAGGUCCAUGAAGAUGUCGUAACGCGUCCAGAUGGAACAAAAGCUGUCAUUUUGACAAUUGAUGAAGAUAUACAUAUCGAUGAAGAAAUUGUGAAAAGGGAGAAAUUGGAGAAGGGUUCACUAGGCAAUUUGGGAGGCGAAAAUCUUGAGGCUACAAGCACAAUGGCGUCAUCUUCUAGUUCCAAUCAUCAACACCAUGACCACAAAGGAUGA